AUGAAGCCCGCGUGGGACGAGCUUACGCAGGCGUACGAGGACCACGACAACAUCCUCAUCGCAAAUGUUGACUGCAUCGGGGCAGGGAAAAGCAAGUGCGCGGAGGUGGGCAUCAAGACCUACCCAACAUUGAAGUUUGGCGCUCCACACGACCUUGAGGAGUAUCGGGGAAGCCGAGACUUUGAAGACCUGGCGGCCUUCGUCGAGGAGAACCUGCAGCCUUCCUGCAGCCCGUCUCAAAUAGAGUGGUGCGACGAAGACCAACACCAGCAGCUCCAGGGCUACAUGGCCUUGCCCAUGACCGAGCUUAAAGCGAAGAUCCAGGAUUGGGAGAACGAGAGCCAGGAGGCCGAGAAGGAGCUCGACGCAUUGCUCCGGUCUUUGCAAAAACAGUACGAGGCCGGAGUGAAGUUGAAGGCGCGCAAGCAAAAGGAGAUCAAUGAAAGAGGCCUCUCCAUGAUGAAAGCAGCGCAGGCCCCCCGAUCAGCCGAUCUGCUCUUUUCAAGCACUCAUGUCGACACGCCCGUCAGAAGCGAGUCGUGCUGUCAGGUGUACAGAGAUCACGUUCAGAAGGAGGCCUGA